CCUCCUGUCUUGUCUCUGCGGCUGCCAGCAGAUCAUGAGCCAUCAGCUCCUCUGGGGCCAGCUAUAGGACAACAGAACUCUCACCAAAGGACCAGACGCAGCGGGUACCAUGGGACAGUGCCGGUCAGCCAACGCAGAGGAUGCUCAGGAAUUCAGUGAUGUGGAGAGGGCCAUUGAGACUCUCAUCAAGAACUUCCACCAGUACUCCGUGGAGGGUGGGAAGGAGACACUGACCCCCUCUGAGCUACGGGACCUGGUCACCCAGCAGCUGCCCCACCUCAUGCCGAGCAACUGUGGCCUGGAAGAGAAAAUUGCCAACCUGGGCAGCUGCAAUGACUCUAAACUGGAGUUCGGGAGUUUCUGGGAGCUGAUUGGAGAAGCGGCCAAGAGUGUGAAGCUGGAGAGGCCUGUCCGGGGGCGCUGAGAACUCCCCCUGGAAUUCUUGGGGGUGUUGGGGAGAGACUGUGGGCUGGAAAUAAAACUCUCCUCUACCACCACCGUGUUCCCUAGCCUGCACCUCUCCUCACCUCUGCAAAGUUCAGCUUCCUAACGGCCUUCCCAAGGGUCUCUGUGCACUUCUGUCUUGGAUGCUCUGUGGAGCUCAUGAGUGCAGGAGUCCCCGCCAGAGGGAGGCUCAGGGUACUGGUUGGGCCAGGGAUGAAUAUUUGAGGGAUAAAAAUUGUGUAAGAGCCAAAGAAUUGGUAGUAGGGGGAGAACAGAGAGGAGCUGGGCUGUGGGAAACGAUCUGAAGAACGGAGCUGGGAAUAUGGCUGGAUAUCUGGUACUAAAAAUGGGUCUUUAAGAACCUACUUCCCAACCUCUUCCCCAACCCAAACCAUAGCUGUCUGUCUAGGGCUCUCUUCGUGCCUCCAGCUGUGCCCCAGAUUCCUCCUAGACUCUGUCCCUGGGCUAGGGCCGGAGAAGAGGGAGAGUAGGGUUGGGGGAGAGGCUGAGGAGGGUGUGACAUGCGGGAGAGGACCAGCUGGGUGCUUGGGCAUUGACAGAAUGAUGGUUGUUUUGUAUCAUUUAAUUAAAAAAAAUGAAAAAAGUGAA